ACUCAAAGCUCCCCAAAGCCAAAGCCAAAGCCAAAGCCAAAGGAAAAACAAAUAAGCCAGCCAGCCCGUCCGCACGCACAAAGUUAGCUGUACUUGGUUUGCUUUUCUCCCCCUCCCCAUUCCACCUUUUGCCAUUUACUGCUACUCCCCUUCCUUAACAAGAAGAAAUCUAAGUUUAGUUGCUUUUGUGUAUAUGUGUAACCCCAAGCCAUCUUCUCCAUCCUCAUUUGUCUCUUCUAUGAAGUCCCAUUUCACAAAGACCAACAAGGCUAUGGUUCUCCACAACAAUAAGAAUGAUGAGUUUGAUGAGCUCCACAGAUGGCCAACUCCUUCUGAGGCCCUGGAAGAGAUCAAAGCCAUAGGGAAAAUCUCCGGCCCAACAGCCAUGACAGGACUUAUACUCUUCUCAAGAGCCAUGAUCUCCAUGCUCUUCCUGGGCUACCUCGGGGAACUCGAGCUCGCCGGGGGCUCGCUUUCAAUCGGUUUCGCCAACAUCACUGGCUAUUCUGUCAUCUCCGGCCUGGCCAUGGGCAUGGAGCCGAUUUGUGGACAAGCUUAUGGUGCAAAACAGUGGAAGCUCCUUGGCCUCACUUUGCAAAGAACAGUGCUUCUCCUGCUCUCCACCUCCAUUCCCAUUUCCUUCAUGUGGCUUAACAUGAAGAGAAUUCUGCUGUGGUGCGGCCAAGACGAAGAAAUCUCUUCCAUUGCUCAUACUUACAUCGUUUUUGCCAUUCCAGACCUCUUCUUCCUCUCAUUGCUCCAUCCUCUACGUAUAUAUCUCAGAACUCAGAGCAUUACAAUGCCAUUAACCUACUGCUCAGCCAUCUCUGUGCUUCUUCAUGUGCCCAUUAACUUUCUCCUAGUUGUCUAUUUCAAGAUGGGAAUUGCAGGAGUUGCCUUGGCCACGGUUUGGACUAAUCUCAAUCUCUUCCUCCUGCUUUGCUCCUUCAUCUACUUCUCCGGAGUGUACAAGGGCUCGUGGGUGGCGCCGAGCAUCGACUGCCUCCGCGGAUGGUCGACUCUGCUCGCUCUGGCAAUCCCCACUUGCAUUUCGGUUUGCCUCGAGUGGUGGUGGUAUGAGUUCAUGAUAAUGCUUUGUGGACUCCUUGCCAAUCCGAAAGCCACCAUUGCUUCAAUGGGGAUUCUCAUCCAAACCACCUCCCUAGUCUAUGUUUUCCCUUCGGCUCUCAGCCUCGGAGUCUCCACCAGGGUGGGGAACGAGCUCGGCGCCAGGCGGCCGGCGAAAGCCCGGAUAUCGAUGAUCGUGUCGCUCGGCUGCGCGGUGGCGCUGGGCCUGGCAGCCAUGCUGUUCACGACCCUGGUGAGGCACAAGUGGGGCAGGUUUUUCACCAAAGAUGCUGAGAUUCUUGAGCUCACUGCGGUUGCAUUGCCCAUAACCGGCCUCUGUGAGCUCGGAAACUGCCCCCAAACCACCGGCUGCGGCGUUUUGAGAGGCAGCGCCAGGCCGACCACAGGGGCCAACAUCAACUUGGGGUCAUUUUACUUUGUGGGUAUGCCGGUAGCCAUUUUCAUGGGCUUUGUUGGCAAGAUGGGAUUUCCAGGGCUUUGGCUUGGCUUGCUUGCAGCUCAGGCCUCUUGUGCUUGCCUCAUGCUCUCUGUUCUCUGCAAAACAGAUUGGAUGGUUGAAGUAGAAAGAGCUAGAGAGCUCACUCAGUCUUCUUCUUCUUCUUCUCCUCCUUCUUCAGCUUCCGAUAAUGCUUCAUUGCCAGUAUCAUUGCCACCAGAAUCUGCCAUUAAAGAAACCAAGAGGAACGUUAAGCUUGAAGGGAUUUUGUGCACGAAUGAUGAGUUGGUGAAAUCAUCAGAUUCACUUGAAACUGAACCUCUCAUAGCCACUACCCACAUUGUUCAUUGAUAGACAGUAUCCAAUUCUUUGCCCCACUCUUUGAAGGGUUUCAUGUAUCAAACUUGUUCAUUAGGAUUAACUCACUUGGGACUGUAGAGUGAAGAGGUUUUUCUCCUUUUUUGUUUGUUUGUUUGUUUGUUUCUCUAUUUCUUACCUUAAAUUUUUGUUUUUACUUUUCUAA